AUGGCCAGACAACUUCGAUCGCGAGCAUCACGACCAAACUAUGCAGCGCUUUUCCAACACGAUGAUAGUGAAAACAAUGAUAAUGGGCCUUCUAAUGCCCCUGCAACCGUUUUUGAAGACGUGGACGGUGGUAGCGACUUCGCCCUAGAUGAGGUUGCCGAUGCGCAAACCGCCAAAGACGACGAUGACUUGAUUGCGGAUUCAGAAGGCGAAGGAAAGGCGGCUAGCGAGAGGGGGCGUCCGUCAGAAAAUGAGCUGGAGGGCUCAAUCGGGGUGUUAUCAGCACCUGCAAAAAGGCGCAAGUCCAGCGGAAACGCGAGCAAGACAGCUACGUCCCAGAUUCCAGGACUUGCAUAUUCUUCUAGCAGGCAAACGUAUACACUGCCUAAUGUCCAUCAUCGUCAUAGGCCGGUGCCGGUAUUUGAUAGAAGCGCACCGGUGGAACGUCUCUUGAAGCGUCCGGAGCCAUUCACAGCUCCGUCUCUUGCUGCUACGAACAGCUGGUCCACCGGUUCACAAGCCGUUGACCGCAUUGGCAAGUCAUGGGGAUUGAACGUUGGUCCAGGUCCUCUGUGGGACGUGAUGGAAGACAGGAGCUUCUUUAAGGAGUCAUUGCAAGCUGGUGGAGAAGAAAGUGAAGCAGAGAAAUGUCGCCGACCAAGAGUAUACCAUAAAGUCGUCAUGCAAGACUGGGAUGUUCUCUCUUCCGAAGAAGCGUCCUCGUAUCUGCCACAUGACGUUCCCAAGCCUGAAGACACAAAGUUGAACCCACCUCCUCCUGUUCCAUGUUCCUUUGGACCAUAUGGCAAGCAGGUUCGUGUGUCAACGCGAAUGUUCGAAACACACAAGAUAGCGGAUUUCAUACCAAAGAGCAAAGCCCAUGUCUUCAAUGCUGGAGCACCCGUAUGGGCACUUGACUGGUGCCCGUUGCAGUCCGAUGAUCGUGCAGCUCUGUCCUACAAGCAAUACAUAGCCGUUGCCCCGUUCCCUACGCGUGCUCAUUCUCCGUCAAUCGGCGUCCGAGCUGAAAGACCUAGCCUCGCUUGCAUACAGAUCUGGUCCCUUGAGCCGUCCCAGAACGCUAUGGACGUGGACAGCACAGACACACAAAGUAGCGACGGUGACCCCGGCGAGAUGCGCUGCGAGAUGGUGCUGUGCAUCGACAGCGGGCCUGCGUUUGAGCUGAAAUGGUGUCCGCUGCCGUCGAAUGAUCCAGUCCAGAGUCCGGAGGUGACAGCUCGCGAGCACUCUGCACGAAAGCUAGGCAUUCUUGCUGGGACGUUCGAGGAUGGCUCCUUGUCGCUUUACGUUGUCCCCGAUCCUGCAAGUGUGAAAGCUGCUUCAGGUGGCAAGUACGACCUCACUGGCCCUGCAUACGUCCGAUUUCAACGGCCAUUGAUUCGGCUCGAGUUGGAAGAGACGUUGUGCUGGGGCCUAGAUUGGGCUAACAGUGAAGUCAUUGCGGUGGGAUGUACAAAUGGUAAUAUAGCGGUAUAUAACCUCGUCGAGGCGCUGAACUCUGAUCAGCCAUCACUGCAAAACUUGUUGCCCACACAUUAUUUUACUGUGCAUCAGUCGGCUGUACGUGCUCUUGCUUGGGUUCGCGCACCUGUCGUCUCUGCCAGAGGAGAACGCAGCGCAGACAAUCCUACCGUUAUUGCGAGCGGUGGCUACGAUGGUAUGGAGUGUCUAACUGACAUCAGGGAACUUGCCGGAAACGUCAUGAACCGGACGAGAGAUGUAAUCAACUCGAUGUGCUACUCGCCAUACUGUGGAGGCCCGGUGACGAUCGAUCACGAGAACAUCAUCAAAUCGUAUUCGGUUUCACCUCUUAUGCUGGGCAGAGGUCAUAUGCUUUUAGAGCCCGACGGUCCUACUUGGUGCAUCAGUGCAUCUGACUAUCAUCCUCAACUUGCUGUUGGAGUGACGGACGGCAGUUGCAUCACGACAAACAUCAUGAGGACCACACGGCGCGGUGGCGCAGUGCCGUUCCUAGCUCACAAAAUAUAUCAGCUCGACUACAGCCGGAAAGACGGAGAAUGGAGAAUGCUGGAGAAGUUUCUCCCUCAGGAAAGUAUUGAUCGACUGACGGCUGCAAGAAACGGGAAGAAGAUACCAGUUGGGACGGGCGCAUGGCCGAAGGAAACCGCCGUACAGUGUGUGGUUUGGAACUCGGGCAACGGGCUAGCUGCGGCACCGUAUCUCGCGUCGUCCACAGGCUCGGGCCUCUGUCGGGUCGACUGGGUCCUCGGACGAUGGAUGAGAGACCGUGUCCCGUAUGGCGGGAUCGAGGGUAUCAGAGGAGAGGUCGCGGGACUCGACGAGGAUGAUGAAGAGUCAGACUGA